AUGGAUCCCAUAGCUGUUUUACAAAGCCGAAUUGAGCAACUUGAAGCUAAAUUAGGAAUAAAUGCUUGUAAUAUUAUUGAAGGACAGCAAGGAGACUCGGCUACUGCAAAUUUGUUAAACACCGCUCAGGCUAUUAACAAUGCCACAGCUGAACACGAAAAGCUCAAAGAAGCCAGGAAUAUGGCUAAUGAACUCAACAACUAUACUGAUCCAAAUUUAGCUGAAAAUUUGCAACAAAAUAAUAUGCACAUGCAUGAAGUAGUUGCAGCUGAGCCUGUAAUACAACAUCAUUGUCACUGUAUGCAUCGCUGUAAACAGGCGGCACCAGUUUUAGAAUCUGAGCCAAUACAGCAAGUUCCUGUGAUGCAAGAAACAGUGAAUAAAAUGCAUUUAGCAGCAGCCGAAGUAAAGGCAGAAGCGGAUGCUGUAUCUCAAGGUAUUCAAGAAUUAGCAGAAACUUGUGGAACAGCAGCUUCAAAGACCUCUGAACAACUAGCGGCCGUGGCUCAGAAAGUUAAUGAAGUUGAGCAGUCAUUUCCUCGGCGCAGAAAUGGCCUAGACUAA